ACCGGAAGUGAUGUCAUAUCCGUCCCGGGGGUGGUUGUGUUUCCCAAGGAAGGGGGUGGUAGGAGACGAAGGAAGGAGGGAAGUCUGGUAAAGGAGAGUAAGACGCGGCGGUCAGCUGGAAGCCUCCGCAUCCGUCCUGCUUCUGUACGAGGCUUAAGCUCAAAGGCGCAACGAUGAAAGACCCAAGUCGCAGGAGUACUAGUCCAAACAUCAUCAACGAAGACGUGAUCAUGAAUGGUCACUCUCAUGAAGACGAUAACCCAUUUGCUGAGUACAUGUGGAUGGAAAAUGAAGAGGAGUUCAACAGGCAGAUUGAGGAAGAGUUGUGGGAAGAAGAAUUUAUAGAACGUUGCUUCCAGGAGAUGCUGGAAGAGGAGGAAGAACACGAGUGGUUUAUCCCAGCCAGAGAUCUCCCGCAAACGAUGGAUCAAAUCCAGGACCAGCUAACUGAUCUUGUUAUCAGUGAUGGUUCAUCACUGGAAGAUCUGGUGGGCAAGAGUAAUCUCAAUCCGAACGCAAAGGAGUUUGUUCCUGGGGUGAAGUACUAAAUAUAUGAGUAGACUGGGCCCUCUUUUGGUGGAUGUAGCACAAUUUCCACACUGUGAAGCCAGUAUUAGAAGAUUUAAUUGUUAAAACGCUCUCUUCUCUUGUCACUGUGUUACACUUACGCAUUGCCAAAGUUUUGUUAGUCUUGCAUGCUUAAUAAAAGUGCUGAGACUGUUAUUAAGUCAACCGCUGUCAGAGGUUAAAUGAAAUAGAAAAGAAAGGAAACGUUGCAGCUGGAUCCAGGCUUUAUUUUUUUUUCUUUUGCUAAGGAAGGCAGUGAGGUAGGAAGGCACCAGUCAAGUUGAGAAAAGCGCCACGUUUUGGUUUUUUUGAGAAACUCUCGCACAACUUCUGUGCUUUGGAAAGAUUCAAACUUUGAAGGAAAAAAAGCGGUCUGUUUUUAAUGAAAUGAUAAAGAGUUGGUGUUGCGAAGCACCCAACGAUGCCUUAACACGACAAUUGAAAAGCAAGGUUAUCUGAUUAUGCAGAUUAGAUUAAUUGCAGCACUGCCACUAACUCUUCCCCGCUGUCGAGCAAAACAUCACCCUCUUCUUUCAGAGACGAGCGUGAAUAAUGUAUUGUGCCCGAAACUGCUUUUGACAGACCUGUACAGAGUUCUUUCCCUUGGCUACGGAGCCGGCUGGGGAGCAGGGUGGGUGAACUGACAGGAGGAGACGAGAUUGUGUGUACGGCAAGUGAUCAUGUUGGCGCGUCUGACCCGCUCCUGAAUUUACAGUGAAGGUGGCGAAAGGUUGCGCCUCAGUUUCUUCCAGGAAUCCAGAAACAGGGGCGCCACCCACGUAAACAUCAGCGACCUCAAAAGAGUUGGGUUUCCCUGUAAAACAUUUAGCGUUAGUGAUUUGAGUGGUGCUUUUCCCUUGCUUUGUUUAAUCAUCACUACACCAAGAUAGUCGACAGCACAACCUUUUUUUUUUUAAAGAAAAGAAAGAAAAUAUGGCUAGAGCAGUUUUGGCUUCUUAAACGUCAUAUUUGGGCGGCGCGAGCUGCCGUACGUGUUCAGUGUGAAUAGUGUUUAAGUUGAAAAUAUUGUAAAAAAAUUAUAUUUUUUCAAAAAUAUUUAAAAAAAUAAAUAAUAGUAGAAACGA